ACGCCGGUUAAUGUUUUUUGUAUAAAAAAAUGUUUUCGUUUUUUAUGGUAAAACAGUAGAGAAUUUAUAGUUGUAUUUUGCGUGAUAAGAUAUCCGAUGGAAUCACAAGUUUUAAUAAGUACCGAUGAACAGAAGGAUAGUUUAAAACCUUUUUUUUUAAAAGACACCUUGCAAAAUGUUACAACAUUUUUAUCGCUUAAUGAUAUUCAUAACAUUUAUUCCUUUUUACAAAAACAAGAUGAAACAUUUAUAAAAAGGACUAUUGUCGAUAUCGAGUUACGUUGUUGGUUAGAAAAACGUAUUUGGCCUUAUUUUCCUCAUACUCCGUUAGCUUCCUUGCUCCAAAGUUCUAGUACUCCGCAUAUUUUAGAUCAUUCAAUACAUUUAACCCCAUUCAAACAAGGCGACAUAUCGGAUAUCAUGCAAAAUUUACACUUUUUAAAGUCUGUUAUUUUAUUAAUUAUUUUAAUAUUAAAUGAAAAAAUUAGACAACGAACAGCAGCAUGGGAAAUUUUCAAAGUAGAUACCGAAAAAAAUGAAGAAGGUUUUUUAAAAAUACGUUAUUUAUUUUAUUUAUCGUGGUUUCUUUUUUGUUUUCCGCAAAAAUUUCACUUAUCUUGUAGCGAAAAGCUGGUAUUACUUCAAUUCUUUAUCAAUGUUUAUCAAUCCUUAGAACAAGAUUGUGUUCGUCAAGUUUGUAUGCCAUUGUGUUCUUUGGCUUCGUGGCUUCAUCUUAGUGAGAAACAACAAAUCUAUUUAUUGAACAGUCAUCCUGAAUUACGAAAACCUUGGAAGUUUUUAGUAAAAAAACAUAACCAAUUGAAAUUGAAAUACCAAACAACGCUUUUAAAUGACGACGGUUCUCAUUCUCAUCUUAAUACUCUUUCUCCCGAUUCAUUUGGAAUAUUGUUGGAUGAAAGGUUUUUUUUAUUAGAACGAGACGCCUUUGUUUUAUCUUUACGAUCUAUGAUUUCUUUUAUUCAAAAUGAUUGUGUUCAAAGUAUUUCUCUAGAGAAUAUUAAUAUCAGCCUCGAAUUUCUCGCAACAAUUCCUCGAACGGUAACAGAUGUGUUCUUAGGAAAUUAUUAUGAAACAGGUGAGAUCAAGCAAGUAGAAGAUUUUUGCUUACCAGGAUUUGUAAAAGAAGAAAACACUUGUGUAUUACAACAAAAACAAAACAGUGCUGAUCAUCAAGCUGAUGUGAUACGAAAUGAGAAUCCUAAUGAUUUGAAAAAUCAUCAUCUUUUAUUGCUAGAAAAGUAUUUAGAAUUUAUGAUUGAUCUUUUAGCUCAGCUUCCCACACGUCGUUUUUUCAAACCUAUUUUUGUAGCUCAGCAACUUAUAAUUCGAUUAAUACAUUCUCCGAUUUUUUAUCAUGCUGAAGCAGCUCUAAUUCGUCAGCUUGUUGCCAUUUUAUCAAGUUAUGAAACAUUUGAAAUUGAUGAUGUGAGUGGUGAGCCACUUCAGUUCAGUGAUUUAGAAGAACAACAUUAUAAUCGCUUAAUUUCUCUUCAAACGACAAUUUAUCAUACUUUACAAAAAGAUUAUCCAACAUUAAAGCAGAUGGCACUGGGUCCUGUAUCAAAAUAUGAAUCACGCCAAAGUUUAAGAAAUCUAUUUAAAAAUCUUCCAGUAACUGCUUUAUUACAAAUAGGCAAUGGUUUAGAAUUACUGGAUGCGCUUUCCUUUGCUCAAUCAGCUUUGGAACCAUUACUUCAACUUUGUACAUCAAACGAAUCUGAUAUUGAAAGCUUUUCUAAAACAAAAGUAUAUGAAACAAGCCAAAAAAUGCUUGUUGAGGUUUUUGCGCACUAUUUAUGCCGACGUACUGAUAGUUUAACCGCUAUUAAUACAUUACCACUUUUCCCUACAGAAAUGCUUUUAUGGGAUCCCCAUAUUAUUCCAUUAGAAAACUAUCAAGGAGAUUUUUCUUUAGCUUUACCUAAACUAAAUCUUCAGUUUUUAACACUUCGUGAUUAUUUACUACGGAAUUUUCAUUUAUUCCGUUUAGAGUCUGCUUAUGAAAUUAGGCAACAUUUAGAAGAGACAAUUAGUCAAAUGGAACCACACUUAUCUUGUGCUGAUUCUUUAGCUAACAUUGGAACGUAUUUACCCGUCACUCAAGCUUAUACAAAAAAUGUUACUAAUUUCGCACGUCCACAACUUCCUAGUGCUUUCAAUUUAAAUACAACUUGGACUACAACACGAUUCAAAAAUUUAUCUCGUUGGGGUGUACCAAUUGACCGUGUAUCUUUAGUUUAUAUAACUCCACCAGUUUUAGGAUCUAAAAUUCCCUCUGAAGUACGAGGUGAAAUUGUUGUUGACUUGAAGAAUAUUUUGAAAGAUUUUCGUGGCGAAUGGGACACUAUUCAUCCUAAUGAUGUUUUAUUUUUAAUCUCGAUACAACUUCCAUCGACUUCUAUUAAUGAGCAAUUAAAUUCGUCCACUUUAAGAUCAUUAAAACAUAUUUCAGAAUUCCCUGAAAAAUUUGGUAUUAUGUAUGUUCGAGGAUGUAACGUUCUUGAUGUACUUGACGAAGAGGGGCAACCAGUGGGUUAUUUUGAUAAUAACAUGACACUAACCAAACAUUCCGAUGGUUCCAUGCAAUCAGACGCUUACGGAACAUCUCGUACAUAUCGUGUUUUAUUUGAUAGUUAUCAACAUUAUUAUGAUAUGCAUCAGAAAGAAGAUCUUGAUAUGUAUAGUACUUUCAAUUUAUUAAUUCGGCGAUCAUCUGCUCAAAACAAUUUUAAAUCUGUCUUAGACACUAUAAGACGUUUAAUGAAUGAUCAAGAACAUGCAGCUGUUCCUUUUUGGCUUCAUGAUUUGUUUUUAGGAUAUGGAGACCCCACGGGGUCUACAUACCUUUCCAAUCCAACCUGGUUUUUACCUCAAAUAGAUUUUCAUGAUACUUUUCUUGAUGUGGAUCAUCUUAAAGAAUCGUUUCCUGAAAUAUCCAACAUAACCUUUCAGGAACACCAAAGCCUUUUGACGCAUCACUCUACCCGUUUAUUAACAACAAUCGUUUCGUCCUCCAACGAAGCCACUCCCACCCGUUCAUCCACUGCAAAUGCAUCUCAUCCUUACACAGGGGCUGUAUUACGUCAUGAGCACUCUUCAAUUUUCUUUUCAAAGAAGCAAGGUCACCAAAAUAACAUAAGAUUUACUCACGCUCAAAUAAAAGCUAUUCUUAGCGGAGUUCAUCAAGGGUUAACAAUGAUUGUUGGACCUCCCGGCACAGGAAAAACUGAUACUGCGGUUCAAAUCGUUAAUCUCCUUCACAAAAAUUUCUCAACUGAACGUAUUGUACUCAUAGCUCAUAGCAAUCAAGCAUUGAAUGAUUUAUUUGAAAAGAUUGCCUUGUUAAAUAUUGACGAACGAUAUUUUUUGCGUUUAGGAGUUGGUGAAAAAGAAUUGCGUGCAGCAUCCGACGUGACUUUGAAAGAUACAAUCAAUACCACCACCCCUACCUUGCGUAAGGAUUUUUCUAAACUCGGUCGUGUCAAUCAUAUCUUACAAAAAAGAAUCGACUUAUUAAAAGACGUGGAUAGAUUGUGUGCUUCUUUAUGUAUUGCUGGAGAUUAUGGUUCUUCUUGCGAAACGGCAAUUCAAUUUUUUCGCUCUCAUGUCAUUGCCAGAAUUCAAAGAUUCUGGGCAUAUUUUGACAAAUUAAACGACACUGGAAAAGGUCUCCGCGUUGCUCUUCGAGAUAUCCGAGAUUCGGAUAAAAUGAGUUCUUACUGGUUAAGUAAAAGGUGUUUAGUGUAUUAUUCACAACCCCCACAUGUGUCUAACACACAACGAGCUGUGGAAAACAAAACGACUUUAACGCAAGAUAGAGGCAAGCAACAUUCUACGCCAGCAAUGUUAAACGAAACAUGCACGCAAGAGAGUAUGGUAGACCCCGUUGACCAGUCUAUGAAGGAAGGCUCUGCAGACCCCGUUGACCAGUCUAUGAAGGAAGGCUUUGCAGACCCCGUCGACCAGUCUAUGAAGGAAGGCUCUGCAGACUCCGUUGACCAGUCUACGAAGGAAGGCUUUGCAGAUCCCGUUGACCAGUCUAUGAAGCAAGGGUGUGGGGACUCCACUGUACUAUGUACGCACGGUAUUGGACGUGAGCAGUAUGCUUAUUCGAAAACGUUGACUAUUGAAGAAGAAGAUGAUUUACUUUGUGCGGCUUUUGGACGGGGAGAAGUGUCCUUGGCUCAGUGUCUUUUUCCUUUUACUAACUUCUUUAGAAGUGCUCCUCUUGAAAUGCAUUUUCCUUCUGACCAGGACUUACAUCUUAAUUUUGUAAAGGAGUGCUUUUUGUUUCUUCAAAAUUUAUUUCAACAAAUUGAAGAAUGUCGCGCAUUUGAGCUUUUACGCAAUAUGAAAGAUCGAACAGAAUAUCUUUUAACUCAUCACGCUAAAGUAGUGGCCAUGACAUGCACCCACGCCGCACUUGCAAGGCAACAACUUAUUGACAUUCGCUUUAACUACCAUACAUUGAUUGUAGAAGAAGCGGCUCAAAUUUUAGAGAUUGAAACUUUCAUUCCCAUGGUACUUCAGAAAUCAGAUGCGUCAGGAACUUCAAGGCUAAAGCGAGUUAUCUUAUUAGGAGACCACCACCAACUUCCACCUGUUGUUAAAAAUCGAGGCUUCCAACACUACGGACGGUUAGAUCAGUCUAUGUUUGUACGAUUUAUACGGCUUCAAGUACCGUAUAUUCAGCUGGACGCUCAAGGACGUUGCCGACCGCGUAUUCGACAACUAUUUAGUUGGAGGUAUAAUAAACCUACAUUAGGAGAUCUACCUUUAGUUUCAUCAAAAAACUCUAAAUUUUCCUUUGGGAACCCUGGAUUUUACUUCACUCAUCAGUGGAUCGAUGUACCCGAUUUCAAUGGUCAUGGAGAGUCCCUUGUGCCUUUCCAACCGCAUAUGUAUCAAAAUUUAGGUGAAGCUGAAUUUGUUGUUGCUGUUUUUAUGUACAUGCGACUUAUUGGGUACCCAGCGGAACGCAUUGCGAUACUUACAACAUAUAAUGGGCAAAAACAAUUACUUAAAGACAUUGUUCGAAAACGCUGCGGUUGGAAUCCUAUUAUUGGGUAUCCAGCCGUUAUUUCAACAGUAGAUCGAUUUCAAGGACAACAAGAAGAUUAUGUUUUACUUUCCUUGGUUCGAACGUGUCAUUUGGGUUACUUGCGCGAUAUUCGUCGCUCCAUUGUAGCAGUUUCUCGUGGACGUCUUGGACUUUAUGCUUUUGGUCGGCUUAAUUUAAUAAAGCAUUGUUCCGAAUGGGCCCCGAUUGUUAAGGGGUUGGAAAGACAGUGCACGACGCUUCCCAAUUAUUCGCCUGCAUCUCUUGUGCUUCUUCCAAAUGAAACAUACGAUCCACGCUGCUUGCCGCCUCUUUCUAAGGAAGACGACAAUUCAGAUACCAUCAUAUCACACAAGCCGUGCCCUCGCUCUCUUAGUGGUGUCAACUAUGUUUGUAAUGUUUCACAAAUAUGGGCAGUUGUGCAACGCACAACGCAACAAGCACUAGCUUCUUUAGUUUCUCCUCCACAACAACAUGCACAAAGUUAAUAAAACAACAAAUUGUCUCUUGUUUCACCUCGACAAUACUUUAAAAAUUCUCUUGAGAAAUGAUUUUGUUUUACGAAACCUUUAAAAAAUACAA